UCGAGAAUGAAAAUACUCGAUAGUUCUGAAAAAUCGUCGAUAUUCAGAAAAACCUAAAACUAUCGUAAGUAUCGAAUUUGUCAUUGUUGUUUGCCAACACUGUUCGCUAUGUGGAAACAAAGUUCAAGGAAGUAAAAAGACGAUCUGCAAUGACAAAACAGAAAUAAAAAACAGGAAGGACCAUUAAAAUAUUGAGCAGCUGCAUAACAAUUGUCGUAAAGACUUCUGUAGUGAGAAAGUCAUCAGCCAAAUGGUGGAGGAAACAACGCAAAGUAGCCGGCCGCGCAUGAAGACUGCACGUCCGAAGUCGGUGUGCCUGUGGUCGGUUACUGAUGUGCGGAAAUGGUAUAUGCGGCAUUGCGGCGAAUAUCCACAAUAUCUGGAACUUUUCUCGAAGCAUGAAAUCACGGGCCGUGCGCUGCUCCGCAUCAACGAUUAUUCCCUACAACGUAUGGGCAUCAGUCACAACGGCGAUCGGGAGGCCAUUUUCCGUGAAAUACUAAAACAACGACUCAAAACUGAUAUUAUGGAAAUACGUGAUAUGGAACGUGAAAUCAAUACCUAUUACAACACCAGAUAAAUUAACUUAAAAUAACUGAGUAUUAGGGAAAUCAUAGGCAAUUUAAGAAAACCUAUUAUGUAGUAGAAAGAGAAAUUUUGUAACGCGCGUUAUGGGUAUUGCAGCAAAGGGCCUCAUGGCGCAUCUAAAUGCACACAAAUUUUCUGCUAGCGAUAUUUGAAUACACAUACCUAUAUAACGUUACCUUAAUUCACAAAGGUUCUAACCAACACUUUUCAAAACUGCGUUUUCACAGAUUUUGGUAGGGUCAUCCUACUAGAAUGCAUUAAAAUAUACCUUUAAUCAAAAUUUUGAAGUCUUAGUACCAAAAACAACGGAAUUACAUGCCACUUUUUAAAAAGCCCUAUCUGUUUUUUAUACUCCUUUUAUAAGGUUUAUUUCUUCUCCUGUAAAAUUAAAAAUUUUUUUGGUUGGAGCCUUUGUUAAUUAAGGUAACGAUAUGUAUGUACAUGCGUACAUUGCAUAUAAUGUACUUGUACUUGGACAAGUGCAUUUGUAGUCUAGCGGUGCAUAGUAGUACAGUGAAAAUUAGUGAAAAUUUAUGAAACACAUUUGCUAAUAUAGCGGUAUAUUGUUUAU